AGAGCGGCAGUUAUAGCAUAAUUUCUAAUGCAUAAAUAUGUUCGGUACGUUUCUUAGAUUAAGCCCGAAACACAUCUUGUGGUGAACAGCAGACUUAUCAGGAACUCAUCUCUGGAUUUCAGUUAUAAAAGUGAGACAGACAUGGAGAGGAAACGCAAGCUAUCAUCACAUCCAGAUGUAAAGGAACAUCUCAUCUGCGCUAUAUGCACCGAUAUUUUCCAUGAUCCCCGCAAUCUCGCAUGUGGACAUGUGUUCUGCAAAAAAUGUCUGGAUAAGCUUAAUGAACGUCAGCUAUGUUCGCCAGUGUACGGACCUAUUAUUGGUUGUCCCACUUGCAGACAAGAAACCAUACUACCAAAGAGCGGAGUGAAUGAACUUAGUAGAAACCUACCCAUCUUGGGGCUUCUAGACCAGGACUUGCUUAUAAAAAGAACUCCCACAUGCACUGAGCACAACCAAGAGCGCAGAGAUAUUUAUUGCAGUACCUGCCUGGUCUACAUAUGCUUUAAGUGUUUUCAAGGAAAUCAUUCCCACCAUGUAAUCAAGACAAGCAACGAAUUUCUGGAAGAACUAAGUCAAAAGACAGACGAUGCCAAACAGCGAUAUCAGGUUCAGUUGAAAACCUUGGAGAACAAUCUUCUUGAAGCUGAUCUCGAAAUACAGAAGAUGCGCUCUGCAAAGCAAUCCAUUGACGACGAGUAUAAGGCUAAAUUGGAACAAUUGAACCAAAACAGAACUGUCCGCUUGCAAUCAUUGAAUAAAACAGCAAAGAAAUGGGAAUCGGAUGUUGCUCAGUUCAAAGAAAAGGGGAAACAGUUUAAAAAUAAUCUAGCGAUUGCUGUUCCAAAGUUGGAAUGUAAGACUUUAGACGAUCUAGAUGGCGAAGACCUCAAGUCCUACGUUAAAAAUGUCGACAAUGUGAUGAAUCUUCUCAAGACUGACAUUGGUGUAGAACAACUACGGCUCUGGAAUAAACUCUUAGUACCAUCUGCAGCAUCUAGACCUCAGCCCGGCUCUGUUCCAUCAUCAAGUGGCGGAACCACACACCAGGCUUUCCAAAAAGCUUCUCCAAAGUCAGUUAACCAGCCCCUCUAAACAAGGUAUUUGUUGGGUGCAUAUAAUUAUAGGUGGCUAUAAUUAUUGACGCUACGUAACUGUUUGCAGACAAGUGAAGAGAAAUCGUUCCUCUAGAGAAUGCUAGAUUGUAUUCAUAAUCAGCGACGUGUAAGGUUAUUAAGAAUGAUGAUCAUGUUGAUGUAAAAGGGGAACACAGUUCAAAAUAAGACAGAACAACGGUGAUCUUACAGCUUCCACUACACGUAUAAAAUUCUAACACUGAAGUGGUGCUUUACAGUGAAUGCCUUUUGAUGAUAAUGUUUAAUUUAUAUUGCAUUCAUACAUGACAAAACUACAUGUACAUAAAUUGAGAAUGGCUUAUGUUAUGUUACGUUUCCACACGACGUUUUGCUGUGUCUCAGUCAAGUACAUGUACAAUGUACAAUAAAGAAAGUGACAAAUUGAUUUUCUUCUUCAAUCUUAGACCGCACCUAUACACAGCUUCAGUUUAAUAAGAAAGAAUAACAACUUUCAAAAUACAAGCCACUCUGUUCUAGGUAUCAUACCGUUUUCUUUUUCAUAAUGAUUAUACUCAGUUGUGUGAUUUUUUACUUGAGUGUGUGUAGGCUAUAUUAGAGUACUAGACGGUGACACAAAUAUAUGGUAGAUACUUUUGGGCGGGCUAAGGUUUUUUUUCUUUCGUUCGCAAAAGGCGAAAAUAACGAGACUCGACGAAAAAGAGCCAUUUCCGUGUGAAAAAAAGAAUAAUUCUGACUAGCCAUAAAAUGAGGUACACACUCCUGGAGUUGACAAUCGAAUGAAUUUGGAUUGGGAUGCGAAAACCAAAUACCGUUUUUUAUGACAAAAAGACCCCC